GUUUGGUCAUAAGUAACAUGCUAUACAUACACGUAAUGAGUCGUAGUUUCGGAUGUGCAGCGAAUAUAGAGAUAUUUUAAAUUGUAAUAAAUUUGAUUUCACCUGUAGGAAUGUUCGAUAUUGUAAUAUGAUAUUUGACUGCGGUUAGCAAAUAGCAGAAUUCGAAAUGUAAAAAUGCAUAGCGUAAGCAUAAUUAAUAUUUGGCUCGUUACUUCACAGCUAAGUAGUCAACGCUACAACGAACUUUAUCGUCUGCUAGCCACUGCUAGCAACAAGGUGGCGUCAAUUAUCGAUUGUGUACGUUGUGUAUAGGGCGGCCGGCAUGUCGACGAAUGCCACAGUUUUUACAAUUUUCUGUCAAACGGUCGGCAAAGUUGUUGGCUAAAUAUCGAAACAUGGACCGGGGAUGAUGCCAGGCACCUCGCGUCAGUUUGGAGCCUCCGCUAGUGGACCAGAAUGGGACACAUUAAUGGAGGUUCAUCAUGAACCUAUCGAAAAAAAUUAUGAACUCCAUGAGGAGAUUGGAAAAGGUCAAUUUGCUGUGGUCAGAAAAUGCAUAGAACUAAAGACUAAUGCAGUAUUUGCUGCCAAGAUUAUGAGGAAGCGGAGGGUUGCCAGGGGAGUAGCCACAGCUGAUAUUGCAAGAGAAGCAGGUCUUUUGGCAAGAUUGAGACAUCCAAAUAUCGUGUCUUUGCACAAAGUUAUUGACACAGGUACAACUGUUGUUCUCCUAUUAGAAUUGAUUACCGGAGGUGAAUUGUUUCAUUGGACACCAUCCAGCGAAGUUGAAGCUACGCACGUGGUGCGACAAGUUUUACUGGCUUUAAGUCACUUACAUUCCCAUCAAGUAGCGCAUUUGGAUAUUAAGCCUGAAAAUAUACUUUUGUCUACACCCCCACCCAUGCCAAGCAUUAAGCUAAUCGAUUUGGGACUUUCUCAUCGUUUGACACCUGGUUCGGAACAUCGAGCUCUCUUUGGAACGCCAGAAUUCGUGGCCCCAGAAAUUGUCAAUUACGAACCUCUUAGUCUUGGAACAGAUCUAUGGGCUGUUGGGGUCUUGACUUAUAUUCUUUUGAGUGGAGCUUCACCAUUUUUGGGUGAAGAUAAGCAAGAAACAUAUGCUAACGUUGCUUCCUGCCAAUAUCAAUUUGACAAUGAAUACUUUAGCAGUGUUUCUACACUAGCCAAGGAUUUCAUUCAGUCUUUAUUAGUCAAAGAUGCAAAGGAAAGAGGCAGCGCGGAAUCAUGUCUCAAGCACCCAUGGAUAAUGACGGGCUCUGACGGACCUCAGGGUCUCAGGGGAGCUAUGAUGAGUGCUGUUAAACGUGGAUGCAUAGAAGCUGUAUUACAGUUACUGCAGCAAGGAGCACCACUCGAUGUAACGGAUUUGAAGGAAGACACGUUGUUGCACACAGCUUGCGAAACUGGCAACGAAUCGAUGGUAUCAUUACUGAUAGAUAACGGCGCAGAAUUAGAUGCUGCCAAUAAAAAGGGUUUGACUCCGCUGCAUGUGGCCGCUCGGCAUGGUCAUAUUAAUUUGGUGCGGUUAUUGUGUCAUGCCGGUUGUGACGUAGAUAAAACUAAUCGCGGAAUUCGAGCUGAUGUGACAGCAAUUAAACAUGGUCAUCUUGAGAUAGCCAAUUUGUUGGACAAAUUGAGAAAUCCAGUGCAGAGGGAUAAUUAUAUACGACAACUACAGCCAACCCAAAGACCCAUAGAACGUCUUCAUAUCCGACUUUUGGGGCAUUGUGCGUCGGGAAAAUCAUCUCUAGUACGUUCUCUCAAGUCAGGUCUCUUCAGUUUUGGAUUUUUCCGAAGAUCCCGAAGUCAGAACUGUACUGCAAAAAGAGAACCAAGUAUUGAAUUGGAUGUAACCAGCAAACACGGCUCCUUGAGUUUCGAAUAUAGUGACAGUGAAUAUGAAGGUACUUUGGGGGUGGAAUGGAGUCGUGGAAAUGCAGGAGGUGAUUGUGUGUUUUGGGAGUUAUGCGGCCGUGAGGAAUAUUUAAUAGCAUACCAUCAUGUUUUGACAUAUCAACAGCCUGCUGUUCACCUUGUUACAAUCAGUCUCAGAGAACCAUUAACUGUUCAGGUACAGCAAGCAAGGUUCUGGCUGCGAUACAUUUUAGAUCGUAUUCAACCAACCAAUAUCGGAUUUGGGGGCAGAUGUAGUGAUGUGAAAGUAAUAUUAGUUGGAACUUAUGCUCCUGAAACUCCAGUUCCUACUUCUAAUGGAGUAAGCCUUCUAGCUCCACUCCUGCCCCUGUUAAGUGAAUACAUGUCAAUUUUGGGAGAUGAACCUCAGCUGGUUGCACUAGAUGCAACGAAUCCAUCCAGCCCUGGACUUAAGCUUCUUAGAACCUAUUUAAAUUCCAUCAGAGCACAAUUUAAUGAGGGAGGAGGGGGAGCUACGGAAACUUUUCGUCAAAGUCACGACUCGAGUGCCGCACCCACGUACGCGCCCUUGGCAAAUCUUGAAUUGCAGGGAGCUUUGGUAUGGACAGGGCUGGUAGAAGUAUGGAGGUCACAUUUGCAGACCAUGGAAGAAACACCAGUUAUGUUAACUCUUGAGGAGCUAUUGGCAGACGUGAGAAAAGUUAAUCCUUUGACAUCUUUAGAUCAUUGUAGACAACUUGGACAACAGCUACAGGCCUUAGGAGAAUGCGUACUUCUACCUGAUGAUUUGGUAGUACUCAAUCCCGAGUGGCUUUGGCGAGACGUUAUUGGUUGGCAAUUGAGUCCAGAACACAGAGGUCGUUUGGGAGGACGUACUACCGGAGUUUAUACAAUGGAUGACUUUCAAGCUAGGUGUCCUUGUCCAGCUGCUCAAGCACUGCAAGCUCUCCAAGCUAUGAAUCUCUGUAUACCGUGUGAAGUUGACGAAGAUGAAGUGGAGUUUGAACUUCCCUGUUUGAAUUUGAUAGAACGAUUGCCUGGCCUUUGGGAACCUUGGAAGUCUUCUCCUACAACCUUGCCCCAUGCAGGAUUGCGGUUUUGCCUAGGAGAAGCGUCAUUAUACCACUUGUCACCUAUAUUUCCUCAUUUGCAGGCCCAGUUGCGAAAAAUCACACAGUCUUGGGACCCUCGCGAUUCGGAUUUAUAUCAGUGGUGGCGGGGAUCAAAGUUAUGCGUGGGAGCCUGUGAGAGUAUAGUUACUUUAGAAGAAGAAGAUCAAGGUUACAUAGAGGUAAGAGUUCGCGGACCUCGAGGAACUAGCCGUCAAUGUGCAGGAUUAUUCAACGUCAUUCUUGAUGCUCUGGAUACCACUGUGGAAAUUGUAGCUCCGGGUAUGCUGCUAGAAAAGCAUUGGUUAAGCCCCAGUCAGCUUCGAGACUAUGAUGAGGUGAUACAUAGCUGGGAACCAGCAACGUUUCUUUCAGCACUGAUUGAUUUGAGCUUAGAUGAAGCGAUAAUGAAGAAUCCAUUCAAUGGGCAGCAAGAAAGUAUUUGGGAAAUCGUUGGGUUUGGUUUAUCAUUAAACCAUGAAACAAUAUCUGGUACACGAUUACCAGUAAAGCAGAUAAAGGCCAGUGUCCAAAGACGAUUAGCCCAGAUGCUGGAUCCUCCAGAAUCUCAUGGCAGAGAUUGGUGUCUCCUUGCAGUUAGGCUUGGUCUUGGUGAUCGAGUAGCACAGUUUGAUAGUACAACAGAUAGUCCAACCCUACGACUGCUGAACUGCGCUGGAACUGAUUCCACUGUAGGCUCUUUAGUCCAACAGCUUCAAGCGUUAGGACGCGAGGACGCUGCUCAACUGCUGUUGUCGCACACACCAACACAUUAUAUGUCAACUUUGAUUGAUUCUGAAACUGGCUCUAACUUAUCCAGAUGACGAUACAAUGAUUAUAAAUACCAAAUGAGCACAUUUUAAGGCUUAAGAAUAUUUCUUACUGAAUCUCUAUUCGAUGAAAUUUGCCAAAAAUUCAAUAUUUCCGCCCA